CAGUCGUACAGAACACUCCACUCUGCUAUAGGACGUCUGUAUGUCAGUCACAACCCAACUGGGACCAUGACAACCAUCAUGAUAACAGUACUGAUGCUCUUCAUUCAAACCACCCUGGGGGCUCCUGAAACAGACAGUCCCUUCAUCCUCUUCAAUGCAGAAAGUGGCAUUAGACAGGAGCUGGCACGCUGGGUGUCAGGUGGACGUCUCUACUACACCAACAACAGGAAGUGUGCUGGGGUUUCUGGGAAGACAGAGGGUAGUACGCUGGUGUAUUCUGACUGUGAUGAGAAGAGCCUCCUCCAGCAGUGGGAGUGCAGUAACAACACACUGCUCACACUGAAAGGGCAGACUCUGUACCUGCACAUCAACGACAACAAUGAUCAUGUGCUGUCCAGAGACACGGGGCCUCGGAGUCGCUGGACCAUCUCUGGAACAACGGACGGCCCCUGCUCAAGGACCCACAGAGAACUCUUUACCAUCGAAGGAAACGCAUUUGGGCGUCCCUGUCAGUUUCCUUUCCUGUACAAAGACCAAUGGUAUGGAGACUGCACCUUGGUAGACUCCUCUGAUAGACGGCUUUGGUGUGCCAUUGAAACAAACUACCAAGACAAUCAACUGUGGGGCAACUGUCCAUCCAAAUCUACGGAGCAUUGGCAUAAGAACCCGGUCACAGGUGCAUUCUACCAGGUGAACCUCAACUCUGCUCUGACCUGGCACCAGGCUCGGACCAGCUGCCAACAGCAGGGAGCAGACUUGGCCUCAAUCACCAAACCCCUCGAGCAGACCUACUUAGCAGGCCUGUGUGGUAGGCUGCAUGUGCCGCUGUGGACGGGGCUGAAUGCUCUGAAACAGGACAGUGGGUGGCAGUGGAUCAGUGGAAAGCCUCUCCGCUACUUCCGCUGGGACUCUGGUCAUCCUCUCUCUGAUCCUGGUCAUAUCUGUGGACUAGUCGACCCAGGUCAGCAGUCCUACUGGCAGAGCUCCCUGUGCUCCAAGAAACACCCCCUAACCCUUACACCCCGUAACCUAGGCCCUAACUCUAACACCCCCCAGGGCAGGUGGGCUACCCAGGUGUGUAACAACCAGCGUGGCUUCAUCUGUAUGAAGAAAUCUACCUCCCAACCCUCUGGGGCCCAGGUGGACACUAACCCAGGCUGCAAAUCGCAUUGGACCAGGCACGGCUCCUUCUGCUACUUUGUGGGACCAGAGAUCAAGACCUUUGAUGAGGCCAAAGAGACAUGCAAGGGCUCACAGUCAUAUCUGGCAGAUGUUUCUAGCAGGUUGGAUAAUGCUUUCCUGAUCAGCCUGGUUGGGUCCAGGCCAGAGCAACACUUCUGGAUCGGACUCUCCAACCAGAACCACAUCGACUUCUUCAACUGGACGAACAGCAACAGGGUCAGGUACACCCACUGGAACGCACAGAUGCCAGGCAGUCGACAGGGUUGUGUGGCCAUGACAACAGGGACUCUAGCUGGAUUAUGGGAUGUGCUGAGCUGCACCAAUCAGGAGAAGUAUAUCUGUAAACACCUGGCAGAAGGAGCGGGGCCAACACCAGAACCAAUCACACCUGUCCCUCCCAGGUGCCAUGAGGGCUGGUUUCCUGUGGGGUAUCGGAACUACUGCUUCAAGUUCUUUACAGGGCCUCGCAAAGAUGAGAAGACCUGGUUUGAGGCUCGGGACUUCUGCAGGGUGAUUGGAGGAGACCUACUCAGCAUCCACAGUUCUACGGACCUCCAGUCUAUGCAUCAUGUCCAUGGUGGGACUUCCUGGAUCGGUCUGAGUGCUCAGGAUCCCAACGCUGGCUACGCCUGGACUGAUGGGUCACCACUGUCCUUCCAACACUGGAUGGAGGGGGAACCCAACAACUACAACGGCGUGGAGUCCUGUGCUGAGAUGAGGAACUCUUACUGGGAUGAAGAGGGAUCCUGGAACGAUGUAAACUGUGAGGGCUACAACGACUGGCUGUGUGAGAUCCCUAAAGGAGUGACCCCACUACCUCCUCCCAACAACACCAUCCCUGAGUAUAAUGUGACAGAGGAUGGCUGGCUGGAGUAUGGAGGCUCUCAAUAUUACUUUAAUACUGAGAGGCUGGCCAUGGAGAAUGCCAGACACUACUGUCAGCAGAGGCAUGGGGACCUUGUUGUUAUCAACGGACUAACAGAAAAUACAUUUCUGUGGAAAAAGAUCAAUAAAGAGCAUCUUGGAAACCAUUACAUCGGGCUAACAGUUGAUCUUGAUCGCUCUUUCGGGUGGAUGGACGGUUCCCCAGUAGUAUUCCAGAGAUGGGACAACAACCAGCCGGACUUCAAGAACAACGAUGAGAACUGUGUUGUCAUGUCCAGCUCCAUGGGUUUCUGGCAUGACUAUAACUGUGGCACUGAAAUGAGGUCCAUCUGUGAGAGGAGUGGUUCCCCCCCAGUGAACAGCACCGUGCCCCCUACUGCCCCCCCCACAGGAGGCUGCCCCCCGGAAUGGGUCCGCUACCAGUCUAAGUGCUACAAAUUGAUUGGAUACCGGGUGCCUUGUACCUGGCUCGAGGCCAGAUCGUACUGCCAAUCCAUGGGAGCUAACCUGGCGUCCAUCGCCAGUAGGCGGGAGCAAGUGUUUCUGACGACCCAGAUGACUUCUGGUGCUACUGACCUGUGGAUUGGACUGAGUAACUUAAACCGGGACGCGUUUGUCUGGACCGAUGGCCAGGCAGUCAAAUACUUAAACUUGGAUUUCAUUAAGAGACUGUCGAAAAUGUUCCCAUCGCGAUGGUUUUACCAUAGUCAGUUGUACAUGGAUAUGCUUUCCUCUCAGGCUAGUCGGUGUAUUGUGAUUGCCAGUUCCUCCUCCAUCUUGGGAAAAUGGGAAAUCAGGUCCUGCAACGACACACACGGCUUCAUCUGUCAGCGUAAAGUUGACUCAGGCAUCCCAGUCCCGACACCGACAGUGUUACCUAGAGGCUGGGUGAAGCUGGCCAACGACUCCUACAAGGUGCUGCCCCAGAACAGGACAUGGCCCGAAGCCCGGAUGCAGUGUGAGGCUGAGGAGGGCCAGCUGGCUAGCACCCUGGAUGAACUGUCAGCAGCCUACCUGGAGCUGCAGGCUCUGAAGCUGCAGACACCACUGUGGAUUGGACUCAAUAGGAAUGAGACGCAAGGCUACUUCAGGUGGAUGGACGGCUGGCCCUUGAGCAUGGACCAGUGGGCCAAGGAUGAGCCCAGCAGAGACAGGCCCUGUGUCUACCUGGAUGUGGAAGGCACAUGGAAGACAGCCCUUUGUAACCACACCUACCCCAGUGUGUGUAAGCAGUCCCCAGCCGUCCCGCCCACGGCCCCACCCCAGUACACCGGGGAAUGUAUCCAGGAGGAGCAGGAGGAGAUCAGUGGUAGCAACAGCCCCUGGUCCUGGUUGCCUUUCAGAGGGCACUGCUACAGCUUCGUCAUUAACGACAUCGAGUGGGCCGACGCCUCCACCAGCUGUAUAAGUAAAGGGGCGUCUCUGGUGAGCAUCGAGGAUCCUGAAGAACUUCGCUUCAUAAAGAGCAACCUGGAGUUUCUGAAAGACAGCUACCUCUCCUUCUGGAUUGGCCUGUACAAAACACACCUAGGUCAGUGGAAGUGGUGGGACCAAACACUGCUGGACUACAUUAACUGGGCAGAGGGACAGCCUCAGGACUCUUCCUAUAUCUAUGGAUAUAUGCUAUCCUCCGAUGGGACCUGGAGCACUGCCCCCAUGUGGGAUGAUAAACCAUACAUCUGCAAGAAGCCCAAAGUUCUACCAGAAACACCACCAACACAUGUGUCUCUGAAGGCAGGUCAGAGGCGUGUGUAUUCAGGCCUGGCAGUGGUGGUGGUAUUGGCUACCAUGUGUCUGAUGGGCCUCACAGCCUUAAUGCUCUACAAGAAGACCGGCCGUCCCCUGCCCUCCUUCACCAACCCCCUGGUUUUCAGCGCAGGCCGGCGUACCUUCGACAACCCCCUCUACACGGAGCCCGUCACCGAGGUUGACCCCAGCAUGGUGGACACUAGCCAGCUGGUUGACCAUAUGGAGGCUCAGCCAAUGAUCACUUUGUGAUUGGAGAGAGUCGAGGGGGGAGUCAAGGGGGGAGUCAAGGGGGGAGUCAAGGGGGAGUCAAG